UACUCUUAAGUUUUUUAUUAUUGUGCUCAUUACUUCACGGUACAUCUUGUUUAACCUUGUUUAAUGUGCUCUGUCUUUCAAUAUAUUUGUAUAUAAGUCCAAUGUCAGUGUGUUAGUGACAGUACGUAUGAGUAUUUCCUCUCUCCCACUUCAGAAUAAGUGGCAGUCUGGAGCAAUUCAAGGUUUAGGUCAGGCAGACAUGAAAUUAACUUCGGUCCGUUCGUUUGUCGGGAAAUGCUUUGGUGUUACAUAAGCUAACCAAAAUAAAAAGCUUUACGUCAGCAGUUUAAAAUGUCAUUUCUCUAAAAUAUAUUCAUUGCUAUGGUCCUAAAAUUAUUACCAACAGAAUUUCUAAGAUCAUUUAAUAAGUACACAAAUACAAUACGUGUGGGACUCGUAACAAUAUAAACGUUUAAACUAUCGAAAGCUUCAUGAUGGUUCGUACAAAGGCCCAAAUGUACGCACGAAUGUUUCCCUUGAAUCUGGUAAAAAGGACUGUCACGUUUUGGACUUUCUUCUUCAAGAUGAGAGAGUGAAAAUAGUUAAAGAAGGCCAGAUGUGCAGGCUCCUCCUCUGCUGUUGGUCAAAACAUUCCAGCCAACUUGGGCGUCUGGAUUGUCCAUGAGGGCUUUUCCUCCCUGACUAAGUCCACACGCACAUUCGAGCACAGACUCGAGCCAUGAUGAGAGUCCUCCACUUUCUCGUCGUCGUGCUUUCUGGACUGGCCGCAGCGCAGCAGCAGGCCCUGAUGGACUACUUAGAGAGGAGACUGCUUGCCAUCGAGGACCGCAUUUCACUGUGGCACGAGCAGACGAGCCGGUAUGCCUCAGAGCUGCGCGAGUUCAAGCAGCAGAUGGUGGCUCAGCUGGACGGCCUGGACAAGAACAAGGAGGCACUACGCAGCGAGCUGGAUGCGGUGGGCGUGCGCAUGGACCGGGUGGAGCGCGAGAUGGACUACCUAGAGGCACAGAAUGGUGCCCAGCCCUGUGUGGACGUGGACGACAAGCUGGUAGAGCAGCAGGUUACUGUAGCCAAGGAGAGGAAUAAAGCCAAGUACUCCAAGCUCACGGACUGUAGUGAUAUGAUUUCCAGCAUCAAAGCCAUGAAGAUCCUGAAGCGUGUGGGUGGCAGUAAGGGCAUGUGGACCAAAGACAUGGGCAGUUCUUCUGGGAAGAUUUACAUCUUUAACGGCACAGGCGAGGACAUGCUGUACGAGUUUGGCUCAGUGCGUGACUUCACCUCCUCUCAGGGCACGUCGGGAGGCACCCGCAUCCAGCUCCCCUCUUCCUGGGGAGGAAUGGGCCAUGUCGUGUACAACAAUCACCUGUAUUAUGUGAAGGACGGUGAGGAGUUGAGGCUGAUGAAGUUCGAUCUGCUGAAAGGCUUAGUGGCCGACAGUGCUGUGUUCCCAGCUAAAGACCAGCUGCCCGUGUACAGUCUGAACCCCGAGACCUACAUUGACCUGGCUGCAGAUGAGGAGGGUCUGUGGGCCAUUUACGCUACCAAGGAAAAUGAGAAACAUGUCUUGCUAGCCAAGGUGGACCCUCAAACACUGGCCAUUGAACAGAUGUGGGACACCCCAUGCCCAAGGGAGAAUGCGGAGGCAGCUUUUGUUGUCUGUGGAACCGUCUAUGUUGUCUACAACUCCAGACUCCCCAGUCGCUCUCGGAUCCAGUGUGUUUUUGAUGUGAGUGACAUGGUGACCAAUGAUGAUGCUCCUAUAGUGUAUUUUCCCAAGCGCUAUGGGACUCAUUCGAGUCUCAAAUACAGUCCAUUGGAGCAGUUGCUUUAUGCCUGGGAUGAUGGCUAUCAGAUUCUUUACAAGCUGCAGAUGAAGAAAAAACUGGAGGUGUAGGAUGUGUGGAACGGUCAAAAAAUAGCAUGCGGCCAACAGGACAGAAUCUAUUAGUCUCCAGAUUUUGAUCUUGUUUUAAAACAAUAUGUACAAAUUGAACCUGGUAAAAACCAAUUUGAUGUUCUUUACUCAAGUUGGAAAAUAUUUGCUGAAGGUUCUUUUAGAGCACCUUAUAGGAGUUGCUGUCAUGGUGAAGGCAAGUGUUAGGCAUUCAGAAUAACUAGCACAAAGCUGGUUGUUUUCAGUAUUUGGAAUGAAUACACAUGUCUAGGACUGGAUCAUCCCCAGCCACUUCCCUGAUGCCCCUAUAUUUCUGCUUCUUACCGUAAAAAUAAAAAUUUGGUAAAAUUACAUUGUUUAUUACUUAAUGUUUUUCAGGGGCAAAAAUUAUAGAAGUUUCUAAAGAUGAACUGAAAAUAUGCCUAUAGUACCCAGAGUGCAGCCAUUAUCCACUACCACCUACUGUACUGACUAACAAAACAAUAGAGAAUUGAAAAAGUACUACUUACAUAAAUCAAAAGAUUUUGCCUUCAGCAUAAUUUGAAAAUGUUACUGUGUUAUGCUCUGCAUUUUUUAAACAUUAUAUUAAAAUAUUUUCCCAGCUGUUCACUGAGGUUAAAAACAACUGGAAAUGGUAGUAGUAUUAUGCUAUUCAGUUAUGUCAUCAUGUAAAAUAUUAAAUGAGUAUUAAUUGCAUUAA